AUGCCUUCGCAGGCCACCACCACCAACGCGGGAAUUGUUACGGACGAGAGCAGCGGACAGCGCCACAUCCCCGAAUCCCUCCGCGCUGAUGGAACUACCCGAAAAGCCAUCAAGAUCCGACCUGGCUAUCGUCCACCAGAGGAUGUCGAGGUUUACAAAAACCGAACUGCUGAAGCCUUUCGGGAGCGAGGUCGAAGAAUAGGGAUUCCUGGAGCCGCAGGCAUAGAGGAGGAGCAGUCAGAUAAAAAUUCUUCAGCAGCCGGCAACAAAAACGCAAAGCGGAGAGAAGCUCGCAAGCGGGCCAAAGCAGCUGCGGACGACGACGUCGCAAGCGAAACCAAGCCGACAACCGUGGAGACACCAAAGGCUGAAGAGGUCGAUCCGGAGGUAGAGCGAGAGAAAAAGUCCCGUAACCUUAAGAAGAAGUUGAAACAGGCCAAGGAGCUCAGGAACAAGAAGGAAGGUGGAGAGGCGCUGCUACCUGAGCAGAUUGCCAAGGUGAUCAAGAUCAAUGAGCUCAUUCGCGAAUUGGAUGCGCUGGGUUUUGAUGCGGAGGGUGAGCCCAAGUCGAACAAUGUGGUCAAGACGACAGAGGAGGACUGA